GAAUUAAAAGAAUAAUACAGCUGAUGUUCUGUUCUUAACAAGAUGACCAGGUUGUGGCUUGCUUCAGCGACUUUGCUUUGCUUCGCGGUCACGGUCCUGAAGUGUGAGGAGCUAAACAGUUACGAAUCAGGCAGACCAGACAGAAGCGUACCAGCCGUGCAACAAAUCUCUCGUCUGGAUGAUCUCCGGAGUCAAAUCGCAAAGCCCAACAAGGGACAAGAAAAAAAGGGUAAAAAUAAUAAAGUUAAUGAUCACAGUGAUGAUGACAAAAAGGCAGACAAUAAACAAGAAGUUAAAAUCGAUGAUAAGAAGGAAGACAAAAAUGAAGCAAAAGAAGUUAUCAGAGAAGAUAAACUGAAGAAUAAACAAGAGAAGCAAGAUGACAAACAAGGAGAAAAAAAUGAGGACAAAAGUGAUAAAAAAGAUGAUGAAAGCAAAGACAAAUCAGAGAAAAGCGAUGACAAAAAAGAAGAACAUGCAGAAGACACAGAAGAAAAAAACAAUAAGCAAAAGGACAAAGACAGCAGCCCUGAUGAACGGAAGAAAGACGAGAAAAUAAAAGACAGUAAACAAUCCGCUGGCAUACCCAAGAAAGACAAGGCCAAACUGAGCCUUAAAAAGCAACAGGAUAAAGCAGCGACCACUCCAGUUAAAAAGCCCGCACCAGUGGCAAGACCCCCCCUGCCCCCUCGUCCUGCCUAUCCACAACCACGAUACCAACCUUAUCAGCAGUCUUACAACGCGUUUCAGUCCCCUAUGUCUCCUAUGUCUGCUAUGGGCGGAGCAUGUUUAGCGCAAUGCUGGAAGAAAUGCACACCUAUCUGUAUUCAACACAGGUGUUGCUUACCUGGGAUGAACAAUUAUCCAAUGCCUGUUCCUCCACCCCCCGCUAUUUAUCGUCCUCCCCCACCCCCACCUCCCCCACCCAUGAUGAUGUAUCCUCCACCUCCCCCUAUGCCUUCAGUCUACUCUCAAAUGACCUGCCAGCCCUCUUGCGCUCCAGCUUGCUGCAUGCCACCAAUACCAGCUCCUCCUCCACCGCCGCCGCCGCCACCCCCUCCUCCACCUCCACCACCACCUCCUCCGCCAAGACCCGUCUUACCCCGUCCCAAUCCAUCAUGUAAUCCAGCAUGCGCUCCUCAAUGCUGCAUGCCGGUAUCAUACCCAGCACCCUACCCCUACCCCGCUCCUUCGCCCCCUGUAAUCACAAUGGGAUCCCCGGUUCAAAGCGGAUGUUCAUAUCCUAGUUAUCCUGGAUAUCCCUGUGUAAGCAGUCCUGGAACGGUAGCACCCGUAGUGACCCCGAAACCUGCCACUCCAAAGAAACUAUGUAAGCCGAUCUGUCUCAAGUUCUGUCUGACAGUCUGCCCUCAGGAUUGCUGCAGUGCUAAGGUGACAGGUGUGCAAGUUGUUAAACCGUCAACUUCCGUUACUGCAGUAGCCACACCAUCCACUUCUUCAUGCCCAGCAAGUUGUGCUCAAAUAUGUGCAACUCCGUGUCCUCAGAGCUGUUGCUUACCCACAAGCAAACCCGCUAGCACAGCGGCACCAGGCUCCACUAAGCCAGCUUCUUCAGCAGUAACAGCCCGGCCAACAGCUACCCCAACGUCAAAGAAACCAAAGCCUGUUUCGUGCGUGGCGCCUGCCUGCUCCCCUCAGACGUGCCUGCCAUCGUGUCCCAAACCAUGCUGUACUAAGAAACGCUUUCACGAUAUGGAACUAGUUGCGGGAUGCCCUCGUGUUUGCUUUUCGAGUUGUGAACAAGUAUGUCCCAGGCGCUGCUGUGGUCCUCACCCACCAAUCAAAGCUACCAUCAACCAGAGGCCCAAAAUCAAUGACAUCCCCCAGUCCCCAAGGUGCCCCAAGAUCUGUGCUGAUGUAUGCGCUCUAGAGUGUCCGCACAGAUGCUGCGGCCCUGGCUCCAUGAAGAGGGCGUUUAUUUCAAGACCGUUUCCUCGUUUGGCUUACAUGAAGAAUCACUAUGCAUUUAAUCAGAAAAGAUACCAAGUACCCGUGUCGCGAUUCAAUAAUCCGCGACGAUUUGGAUUGAAGAAGAAACGAAACACCAUUCACUAACAGACAUGGCGUGCUGGCUUGCCUAUAGUAAGCCUCGAUGGUUAUGCUCGACGAUGGCUUUGGCUGAGAGAACAAAGAGAAAGAGAAAGGUUCCUGGACAGAAGAGGUGCAAAGUUGACUGAAAAGAUUGUAAGAGAGGUCUUGUACAAUGACUUUAUAUACGGAUACGACCACUUCUACUGAGACUGGUUUCUAGGGAUAAGACAUAUCUGGGGAUACAGCAUGUUGACAAUUUCCCUAUUGCAAUUUUGGAUUAUAGCAUUAUUACAUAUUAGAAUUAUUUAACACUAGCCAUACAUAUAUUGCACUAUAAAGCGUUACGUUAUAGGCUUUAUCAUGUACAUAUCGCGUUAAAUAUUAUUACUUCAGCAUGUAACAUGCCAUGCACAUAUUCUACCAAAAUUUACAUGUUUUCUCGUGUACAUACUAAAUGCUUCUUGUCAGAAGCGUUUACUUAAAGUACUAUCGUUGGUUUGCAGCAAACUGUAAUUAAACUUUUCCCAGUUAGUCUGGCUUCUUCCAGUCUGGUUUCUGGUUCAGAAACAGUUAGAACUGACGAGCAACUUGAGGAAAACAAAUAAAAAUCACACUUUUAAGUAGACGUAGCUAUGCUUCACAGACUGUAAAUUAAUGCACAGAGAUAAUCAGAUAAUAAA